CGGAAUGAUAAAGAAUGUGUCUUUUUCUUUCAGCACCAGAGUCUUUUAAAAAUCAGAAUUUCCGGAUUAUGUCAAAAGGAGGCUUGCUUAUUUGAUAGCUAGCUACACCCUACAGCUUAGCUACCCAGAAUCUUACUUGAAUUUUGGGGUUCAUCGUAAUAAUCCUCCAAAUAAUAAUUUUUCUAUUUUGUGUUUCUUGAAUUCCUUUUUUCUGGUAAAAGCUUCACAUUCUCUACUUUCAUUCACAUUUACAUUGGAUAACAAGCCAAAAACAAGAUCAAUAUCUUUCUGCAAGAUUGCGGAUCCGAGUCAUUUAAUUUAAUACUCUCUCUGGUCAGAAAAGAAAGAACCCUGUUUUGUUUUUGAUGCAUUUAAGGAUUAUUUUAUUUUACUGUGAUGUGUGUCAGCACAGGUGGAAUCUGUCACUUCCAACCAAUAAUUUGAUUUCUUUUUCUUGAUAUAUGAAAAUCUGGGGUGGGUAUUGGAUGGAAGAGAGGCGGCGGCAAGAACAGUAACAGAGAUGAGUAAUUAUUGAUGAUGAAGGAAAGGUGUUUGAUGGGGAUCCUGUUCUGCCGUCCAUUGAUGUGCCUCUGCAAAUCAUCUCCUCCUCAAUCCCAGCUGAAGUUGGAUAACACCCCCAGUCUCCCUUCUUCAACUGCUGUUUCUGCUGCUGGAGAAUUUACAGCAAAGGUUAGUGAGGAGGUGAAGAAUCUGCAAGGGGUUAAUCUCCAAUCUGCCAUUAAUGGAGGCAGUAGAAGCUGCAUUAGGAAAGAUCGUAUUCCAAAGCAGGUGGAGAUGAAAAGGAAGAAAAAGAAGAGUGUACGGUGGGUAGAUUAUAGCAUGGGGCAAGAACUUGCUGAGAUCAAGGAGUUUGAAAGCAGCGAAACAGGUGACAGUGAUAACGAAGACGAAGAUCGACAAUGUUUUUGCUUCAUUCUUUGAUGUUAUUAACCGGCUUCUUCUGGCUACAAACUUAGUUGGACAUAUUUCUGAACAGUAGUGUAGCUCAUCAAGAACCAGCAAUGUUUGUGAUAUAUAGAAGAGCUGUGAUAUCCUUCCAUGUAGGAGGCGGGUUUUAUGUGAAAAAUCAUUCAAAGCCAUUUUUUGAAGCUAAAAGCUCAACUGGGGAAGUGAUUUUUCUAGAUUAGCUGUUUGCUGAAGUGGAGAUUUGACAUCUUUCUUUGUGCACUUAUUGUUAGAUUUUUUUGAGUUUGAAAAAUCCUUAGGCUACCUUUCAUGUAAGUGGAUGGUUGUUAUCCUGUACAGAUCAAGAGCUCAAAAGAAUGGUUCAUUGUGCAGUAAUAAAAAUGUAAAACUUUUAGUGUUCUGAUGUUGUAGCAAUGAAAUCAUUACAUUACCA